AUGGCGGCCGCCGGAGUCCUGCCCAAGCACGAGCAGAUCCUGGUGCUUGAUCCGCCCACCGACCUAAAAUUCAAAGGUACGAGACAUCAAGCAGAAUUCUCUGCAGCACUUAACUAUGGGGAUUCCAUCCAUGAACACCAGCGGGUAGAAGAUGCACUUUACAACCAAUAUUUACAAUUUAAAGAAACAGAAAUCCCACCAAAGGAGAUAGACAAAUCAAAAAUCAAGCAUCUAUAUAAACUACUAGAGGUUUGGAUUGAAUUUGGGCGUAUCAAGCUUCCUCAAGGCUACCACCCAAAUGACAUUGAAAAAGAAUGGGGGAAGCUAAUUAUUGCUAUGUUGGAAAGAGAGAAAAUGCUUCGACCAGAAGUUGAAAGGUUAGACAUGCUGCAGCAAAUUGCAAACAGAGUUCAGCGGGACAGCCUGAGUUGCGAAGACAAGCUAAUGCUUGCUCGAAAUGUUACGCAGUCA